AUGGACCUCGGAAAUUCCACAGUCAUCAAAACUCCAGACCCUGAAACAGAGGCCCAGAACCCGGCCCGGAUCCAGCCGCCGGCGAAGGCGCCGCCUUUCAGCAACGGUGUGCUGAAGCGCCACGCGCCGCUGGGCCUCCACCACCCCCACCACCACCACCCGGUGGUCGUCACCUACAAGGAGUGCCUGAAGAACCACGCCGCCAGCCUCGGCGGCCAUGCCCUCGACGGCUGCGGCGAGUUCAUGCCCUCUCCGGCCUCCAACCCCGCCGAGCCCGCGUCCCUGAGGUGCGCCGCGUGCGGCUGCCACCGCAACUUCCACCGCCGCGACCCCGACGAGUCGCCGCCGCCGCCGCCACCACCCGCUGCGCCGGCCCUCGAGUACCAGCCCCACCACCGCCACCAUCCCCCGCCGCCGCGCGGUGGCGGCGGCAGCGGCAGCGGCAGCCCAGACGAAUCCCCGUCCCCGCCGCCAAUCUCCUCGUCGUACUUCCCGUCGGCGCCCCACGUGCUGUUGGCCCUCAGCCACGGCGGCCAGUCCGCCCCCCCGCCCGACGGCGCCGCCCCGAUCUCGAUCUCCGGCGGCCCGUCCGCGCCAGCGAUGAUCUCCGGCGGCGCGUCCUUACCGGCAAUGAGUUCCGGCGGCCGGAAACGCUUCCGGACGAAGUUCACCACUUACCAGAAGCAGAGGAUGCUCGAUUUCUCCGAGAAAGUCGGCUGGAAAAUGCAGCGGAGGGACGACGAAGCCACCAACGAGUUCUGCAGCGAGAUCGGAGUCGACAGAGGGGUUUUCAAGGUGUGGAUGCACAACAACAAGAACAACUUCGCCAAGAAAGACAAUCCACCGCCGGCAUUCGCCGCCGCGAACGGAAACGGCGCAAACUACCACCACUACCAUGAGGGAAAUGGUGCUGACGUCAAACCCAGUCUUCAUGAAGGUACAACUGCUCAAGCCAUUGGUACAAAUGGCUCAUCUUCUUCUUCUUAA